UACUUAUGUUAGCUAAUAAUAGCUAAAGCUGUAUUUCUUGCUAACUGUAGUGUAUUAAUAUGAGUCAGGUAAGUAACGGUAGUGGUGUUAGAAAUUUACCAUCCCGUGCUGCCAGUCUGAAUGGAGAUGAUGAAAAUGAGGGAAUAUCUGAGGUGUUUCUGAGUGUACUGGUACAGUUUGGCCAGGUUGGCCUGAGUUUUUACGACAGCAAAGAUUGUACUUUACAUGUAAUGCAUGAUACAGUGGAUAACAGAGACCUUCAUUUGCUAAACAAAGUCAUACAGGAGAUUAGCCCUCAUGUUAUCAUCACAAGUGCUAAGCAGGAGCGAAACCUGGCCCAGUAUAUCAAAGGACUUGGAACAAAUCCAGACUACAGGCCAGAAAUCAUAGUGUAUCCUAAUGCUGACUUUGGGCCGGAGGUCAGUAAACAGAGACUGCUUGUAGCAUAUCUUCCUUUUCUGCCACCAAAUGUCACAGAGAAAGAUCGACUUCCAUAUCUCUCAUCCUGCAUAUCAUUUGACUCUGUUGUAAUGAUGAGGACCAUAGGAGCACUCCUGAAGUGCUUGGACAGAAGAAGAGUUGGUGUGCAACUGGAGGACAGCAGUGUGGGGGUUCCCAUAUUACAGUUCUUUACAUACAAACUAAAUGACGUGGUAUACAUGGAUAGAGAUGCGUAUAGUGUACUCCAAAUCUUCAAAUCAGAACUACACCCAUCUGUAUACAAGCUUCAUUCAGGAGAGAAGGAGGGUCUGAGUCUGUAUGGUGUAUUGAAUCACUGCCGAUGCAUAUUUGGCUCCAGACUUCUAAGGCAGUGGUUUCACAGGCCCACCAGAGACCUUAAUGUGUUGAGAAGAAGACAGGAGGUUGUUCGUUUCUUUACCUGUCCUCGCAACUUGGAGCCCAUGAACACACUGCAAAACUUUCUGCGCAACAUCAAGAACAUUCCGAUGUUACUACGCAGAAUGUCUCUCUCUCAUACCAAAGUUGUUGACUGGCAGAAUCUCUACAAGACAGUGUACAGUGCUAUUGGGAUUAGAGACAUGGUGCGCUCUCUUCCCCAAAACAUUCAACUGUUUCGAGAGAUCAGUGACGAAUUCACAGAUGAUCUUCACUACAUUGCCACACUCAUUAGCAAAGUGGUUGAUUUUGAAGGCAGCUUAGCUGAAAAUCGUUUCACUAUUAAACCAAAUGUUGACCCUGCUAUUGAUGAAAAGAAAAGAAAAAUGAUGGGCUUGUCAGAUUUCCUAACAGAUGUGGCUCGUGCUGAGCUGGCAAAUCUGGACUCCCGGUUCUCCUCCUGCAGUGUCAUUUACAUCCCCCUGAUUGGAUUCCUCCUUUCAGUGCCUCGACUUCCCGGCAUGGUGGAGAAGGAGGACUUUGAAAUUGAAGGCCUUGAUUUUAUUUUUGUGUCAGAAGAUCGGCUUCAUUACCGUAGUGCCAGAACUAAAGAGCUUGAUGACAUAUUGGGAGAUUUACACUGUGACAUCAGAGACAUGGAGACAGCUGUAAUGACGCAGCUUCAGGCUACAGUGCUACAGCGCAGCGGCUGCCUUUAUAAAAUGUUAUCCUUGUAUGCUGAGCUGGACUGCCUCAUGUCUCUGGCUCAGGCCUCGCAGAACUACAACUACUGCUCACCAGUACUCACAGAGCACUGCAGACUGACCCUGCACCAGUCUCGACAUCCUCUGUUGGAGUUUUGCACAACAGUAUUUGUUUCCAAUCCAUGUCAUUGUUCUGAGACUGAGGGAAAGGUGAAGGUAAUAACAGGACCUAAUUCUUCAGGCAAGAGCAUUUACCUAAAACAGGUGGGCCUGAUUGUGUUCAUGGCUCUGAUUGGCUCUGACGUUCCUGCAAAAGAGGCAGAAAUUGGCCUGGUGGACGGUAUCUAUACACGAAUGCAGAGUCGUGAGUCUGUGUCUGUGGGCCUAAGCACUUUUAUGAUAGACUUGAAUCAGAUGGCACAGGCUUUGAACCACAGCACUGGUAUGUCUCUUGUGUUAGUGGAUGAGUUUGGAAAAGGAACCAACACGGUUGAUGGUUUAUCACUCUUGGCUGCAUGUCUGAAUCACUGGUUGAACAGAAGUCCAGCUCAGUGUCCUCUUGUUUUUCUGGCUACAAACUUCCACAGUGUUUUGCAGCUUGACCUCUUACCUCACUCUCCACUGCUGUCUUUGUUGAUGCUAGAGACUGCUAUAGACGGGGAGGAGUUGGUCUUUCUCUACCAGCUGAAGGAAGGCAUUUGCCAAUCCAGCUAUGCUGCUAAUAUUGCCACACUGGCUGGUCUGCCACCAGCCCUGGUUCAGAGAGGAGUGGAGGUAUCAGAAUUAUACAGAACUGGGAGGACCAUUAAAAGGAUUGACCAGCCCUCUGGUAAAGAACAGAUUAACAGAUGUGAAAAACUGGUUGAGAAGUUUCUCAGUCUUGAUCUGGACGACCCAUCAACAGACCUGCAGAGUUUUAUAAAAGACGAGCUGCUGGCCACUGUUGGAGAAGUGCUUUGACUUAAAUUUGAACCCAUAUAGAUGUUGUAUUGUUCAGGUUUUUGAGUGCGAGACUGGUUGGUGUUAUUUAUUUAUUGUUUGGUGUAUGCAGUGAUUUCUUUUCAUGUGUUUAAGUACAUCUAACUGUUUAGUUCCUACAGAAAGAGCAAAAUUACAUUGCGGACAUUUACAUUUUAGCCAAGAAAACAUUUUUAUAAACUUUUCUGGCAUGUUGCAAAUAGACAGUUUUGUGGUUGUGUUCAUGAUUUAACACCUUAUGUAGAUUUUAAAAAGGAAAUGUAUUUAUAAUGUAUUUAUUUAUUA